CCCAGCAGCGCUUCCGAUUCCAUCAGUAAAUUAUCGCCAUUGAGGAGCGAAUGCGUAUAGAAGAUACCAUCAAACUCCGUUGGCUCAACAUCGGACUUGCUGGCAGAGUCAUCCGAAGACACAGUAGAGAGAAUGUCCAGCCACCAAUGGCGGGGCCACUUGCCAAUGAUGCUGCAGAUUAGUGGGGCGGCAACAGCGAAAAGAAGCGGCAGCAACCAGCUAAUGCCGAUGGCGCCACGUAUGCCCGCCGCUCCGCUCUGGUGAGAGGAAUCGCUUUUCACUGGCAAAGGCCUGCGAUUGUUGCUAGAGUUUGUAGCUACCACCGUAGCCCCCACGGAAGACUGGGUGCGAAUUUGGAUAAUGUUGCUUAAACUCUCGCGCUCGCGGCGUCUUUUGUCCUGCCUGGUGGGCGUCGCCGGCUUGCUGCCAAUUUGCAGAUACUUCUUGGGCAUCAACUCCGUGUGUAUGACCAAAGCAACCGCAAUCAGCGUUGAGACGCCCAGCAACAACAGCGAUGCAAGCGAGCUGCUAAUGAUUGCGUGCCAGUUCUGCAAAGAGGAAAUUAUGAGAGAACGUUUAUAAGGAAAUGGUGUACUUUGACGGACUCACCCGUUGAUAGGCGUUGACAGGAUGCCGGGCGUAGUCUUUCUAAUUGUUGUGCCGACGGCAAAUUUUGAACGUGAGCUGAUUUACGGCACUUCAAAUAAAGCUAAAACUGAGACUUCUGCCGGAACUGUUUGUAGCCAUAGUCAGGGGCCCCAUGGAAUCCAACCUACGGUCGGCUCCGGUGGAGCAGUAGGUGUGAGUGGAGGUGGCAACAAUAAUCUGAACAUCAAUCUUCCGGAGAAUAACAACACAAUACUACGACUUGAAGUUGAAUUACGUGACAAGAAUGUGCCCAAGUAUCGACGCGGUGUGGUCGGUGGGCGUGUUGGUGGACCAGGAACUGGACGUGUCGGUAUCGCCGGUCGACCAGAAACAGAGGGGCCUAAACGUACUGCAGGAGCUCAAGGAGCUGACACAACUGCGACAGCUGCGUCGCUGGACAGACGUAAUUUAGUGGUGCCGCUUGAAAAGGUACUUGAGGAGCUACUUGUCAAGCUUGAAAUUGAGCACGUUACUUGGACUACAAGCAAAAAAGGUUAUUUUCAUCACGUCGUUUUCCCGCUGCAAGCCGGCGACGCCUGCGAGACUACUCUACACUGUCUUACGGAACUGGGCAUUGGCACUAAAUUGAAUUCCAGUGUCAGCGUUCUGCCGUGCAGCGUUAGCUAUGAUGCCAUCACAGAUGCGGCUAACAUGCGAGAUGACUACAGCGACGAUGCCGUCGCUGAGGAUGUCUCAAAGUGGAACACUUUUGUGGAAUCAAUUAAAUCUAAACUAACCGUAAAACAGGUGGUAGACGGCGUACGAGCCGGGGGAUCCUUGUCGUUUGACUAUCUGCUGCUAAUUGUUACCGCCGACUCCUUGGCCGCCCUUGGACUGGUUGAGAAUAAUGCACCGAAUAUUGUUGCGGCCAUGUUGGUCUCGCCGCUUAUGGGGCCCGUAAUGUCGAUAACAUUCGGUGCAAUUAUCUCCGACAAGGAGCUAAUGCGCGUUGGCUUUCUUUGUCUUGGACUGGGUAUGUUCAUCUCCCUUCUUUUCGGCUUCAUUUUUGGUCUUAUUCUGGGCACCACCGAAAUGCCUUGGGGUCAAAAUUCCGAUUGGCCAACGGAGGAAAUGCGCGGCAGAGGCAAUGUGCGCGCCUUGUGGAUGGGCGUUCUGUGGGCGUUAACAUCUGGCACUGGCGUGGCCGUGGCCUUGCUGCAGGGCUCUGCUGGCCCGUUGAUUGGUGUUGCCAUUUCGGCCUCUCUGUUGCCCCCCGUUGUCAAUUGCGGUCUAUUUUGGUCACUGGCCUGCAUUUGGCUUAUAUAUCCAGAGAAGCGUAUACCGCACUUGAAAAACGAGGCAAUGAACUCAACCAGCUCGUAUCCCUUCAUCUACACGAGCUACUUGCCUACGGAAUUUCUGAUCAAUGGCAUUGUGUCCGCUUGUCUGACUAUUGUGAAUGUGAUUUGCAUAUUUAUCACCGCAAUAAUUGUUUUGAAGAUAAAAGAAGUAUCGGCGCCAUAUACUGCUAGUCCGGACUUAAAGCGCUUUUGGGAAACCGAUCUUCGCACCGUGCGCAAGACAAAUCGCUCAACAUUGCGAAAUUCCACCGCUCGUACUCGUGGCAGUAUCGCAGGGACAGGAAUAGGAACUGUCAGGGGGAUGGACAAGCUAUUUGGGAGCGGCCACUAUCAAGGAUUGGAAGAACGCGAUGUCCAAAUGGAUAAUGCCCUAGAGCGUGCCUUGGCUCAGGCCGAGAACGAUGCUACCUUUAAAAAGGUCAAGCGGAUGAGUUAUUCGAGCAAUGCGGCUGGUGAGCUCACGGAACGUCUGGCAAAGAUAGCCGGCCUCAACAGACUCAAAGCAGAUGGCGACCCCGUGCAAACGAAUUCAAGCAGCUUGGCUGGAAGCCGAAUGAAUUCAAUCCCCAACUCUCAGCUAAACGUCGAUCUGAAGGCCCUAGAUAAGCUCGUGAGUAGUCUGCUAGAGCAACAUUCUUCUGGAAGUAAGUCUGCGCAGACUGGCACCCGCACUCCACCCCUGCAGCGGAUGGCUUCCAAAAAGUUGAAUCGCUGGCGUCCUUUAUCUCGAUCGGCACACAACUAUACACGUGGUGAAGGUAGCGAUAAUAUUGGAGGGAGUUUCACGCAGCUGUUGGAGCGCAGCGAACCGCAGUCAACUUUGGCACAGCACGCACCCAACAUGCCGACAAUAAUGGAGAGCAGCGCUGGAAGCCCAACUCAAAACAAUGCGCAGCAGCAGUCCUCCCACCACCCAUGGACCUCUUCGCUGGAUGGUACACCAGGAGCAGUGCGUAACGUUCUCCACAAUAUCAGUCAGGCUGCCUCUGCUGCUACUAGGCGAGAGGACGAAGAUCAACUGAAUUUGACAAAUAAUUAUAUGGGAUAAGUUAUCUGAAACUAUGUAUUCAAAAAGAAGCUCAUAUGCAUUCGACUGGACAUACAUAUGUAUUUUCAUGUACUCACGCAAACUUCUAGGCCCAAUUGAUAAAAAUUUGUGUGUAAGAGUAAGGCUUGAUUUUUGCUUAAACUUAACUUAAGCUAUGCACAUAUAUACAUAAACAUAUUUGCAAUAUUCUCACCUGUCUUUCCAUAACACCCGACAGCUGCUCCCUCUCAGCAUGUCGAUAAUAUCCUGUUAGAUUUGCACCAAGUCGCAUGGUCACUUCGUAACGAGUUUUCCCGCUGCGUGCUGAAUUGGGAUUACUUCUCAGAACCGAGUAGCUCUGACUGGAACUAACAGUAGCUUCGUUGUAAUUGUCAAAGUUGCAGCCAUUGUGACAAUCGAGGGAGCUCGCAUUAAUAGUGCAUCCUAAAAAGAAUAUAUAUCACAUACAUAAGUACGAACAAUCUGUGUCGCACAAGAAUAAGAAUGAUAUGAGGGGCAGUAGAACCUGUAUAAAAGUCAUAACGUCAGGUGAAUAUGAAUUAGAAGAAUGUUUCAAGAGUGCACUUGGAUACUAUUGCUUCUGCCCAUUCCUGUUACUCCACUAAAAUCGCCCCACUCUGUACCGGGAAAAAGACGCGAGGUUCGAAAUCGAUUAAAUAUAAUUUUUUCAUCUGCAGAAACCUCCAGGUUUUGCCUUUUUACAAGAAAAUAUUCCAGGUUUUCUAGAAUGCUAAUUUAGUUAUUAUUCACGAUAUCUCAAAUUUGGCAAUUACCGAUGAAGACUCCCGUCUACUCUUUAGCUCCACUAAAGGAUCCCUCCAGUGAUAACCUGAUGUUUUGCAUGGCAUUCCUUGCUUCUCUUUUAAUGCUUUCAGUUGCAGUUGGUAUAAAUUGUUAUUAUGUUUGCACGCACUUUUCGAUUAGAUGGUUCGAGAGGGCUUCUAGAGGGAGAGCGACGAAGCCACCCUCCGCUUGAAUGUCUUUUUAUUAUUUUUUGUAUGUGCAUAGUAUUGCCACCUCAGCUGGCAUCGAGUGCAUUCUUAAUGAUAAUGAUUUCCCUAAUUAAAUUUUCUCUUUAACAACUUUUCCCUUUGUCAUGCACUGUACCUCUUUCACUCGUACAUAUGUAUGUAUGUAUGUACUUCGCGGAGGAAGCGACACUUUUCUGCACUGGCGCCUAUUAUGUUUAUAUCUCACGUUUAGAUUUAUUAUUGCACUUACCCUGCGUGGUCCUCUUUAUUUCGGGUAUUUCACAUUUAGUUCCUUUGUACCCCACUGGACAGUGGCAAGUUAUGGCCGCAUCACCAAUGUGCCUGAAAAUUACGAUAAAAAAAACCGGCUUAUACAUAUGUAAGUGAAAAUAUACCCUUUAUACAUAUGUACAUAUGGGCCUUAAGUAAUUAAAUUUGAUAUCGGUACUACCUAUUAGGUAUGUACUUAUAUACACACAUAUACAUAUGUGUGUAUGUAUGCCUUCUUAUUGCAGUCCAUUCAAUAAAUAAA